AUGGCGAUUCGUGAGGAACUUGUGGUAUCUGCUGUUGCAUUUCUUCAAGACCCAAGUGUCUCUGCAUCACCCUUAGAGAAUCGAAUCGCGUUUUUACAAUCAAAAAAUCUUACACAGGAGGAAGUCGAUGCGGCAUUAGGAAGAGCCAGCGGCGAACAAUCGCCAGCACCACCAAACUAUCCGAAUUAUGCACCACAACAACAACUCGUGAGACAACCUCAACCUGGGUAUGGGGGCUACCAACAAUAUCCCUGGCAACAGCCUCCUCCGCCCGAAGUGCCAAAGCGAGACUGGAGAGAUUGGUUUAUCAUGGCCACGGUAACAGGUGGCAUAGGAUACGGGGCAUAUUUUCUGGCUAAACGUUAUAUCUAUCCAAUAAUUGCUCCUCCCACCCCUCCUCAACUGGAACAAGAUAAGAAGGACAUUGACGAUUCUUUUGAAAAGGCAUUCUCUCUUCUUGACCAGUUAGCUAAAGAUACCGAAACUCUCAAGACAACCGAGCAAGAACGAACAGAACGAUUAGACAUAGCCUUGACCGAAGUAGAGACUGUGAUCAACGAACUGAAAUCUGCGAGCCGAAGAAGGGAUGAAGAAUCUCGACGCAUGGGCGAUGAGGUCAGGGGGCUCAAGGAUUUAAUACCCAGAGCCAUGGAAGGACAGAAGGAAGUGACAGACAACAGAUUGAAAGAGUUGGCUGUGGAAAUGAAGAGUCUGAAGACAUUGAUGGGCCAAAGAAUGAAUCCAACCUCGGCAAUUAACCCAACCUCGAAUGCAACUCCAUACAACAGAGUUCAAAGUUCAGCUUUACCAUCGACUCCUUCUCCAAUCACUUCGAUUACCACUCCUAGCAACUCGACCCCUGCCGCGGAUUCACCGACUGAAACUAACACUCCUAGACCAGCAUCAGUCGGUACUAGCUCAGGUACUGAAGCUGUAGCAUCUGUUCAAGGUCGAAAUGUCACUCCAUUCAAUUUCAGUACUGGUGCGCCAGCAGGAGGAGCGAAGAUUCCAGCUUGGCAAAUGGCAGCUGCCACCAAGAGCACUAGCUCUAUCCCAACCACUACCACCACAAAUGGAACACCAGAAGCAAGCGGGUCAGCGCAGGCAUAA